AUGGCCCUGUUCAGCUCGGGUGUGCCGCUGCAAGGAGCAGGGGUAAGGCGCACGGGUGGGCCUUCAUGUUCUACUGGCAGCCAGCUCAUCAUCCAUCGUGGGCCUUCAUGUUCUACUGGCGGCCAGCUCAUCAUCCAUCGUCAUCCGAGCCUCCUGUGCCCUCCUCUCCUCCCUUCCGCUCCCCCUUUUGCCUCCUCCCUCCCUCUCUCCCCCUGCAGGUGGGCCUUCAGAUUCUCCUGGCGGCCAGCUCAUCAUCCAUCGUCAUCCGAGCCGCCAAGUACAAUGCUCGCCCCCUCAGUGGCGUGCCUACCAUACGCAUUUCUACCGACGCGUCCCCUUCCCCUGCAGGUGGGCCUUCAGAUUCUCCUGGCAGCCAGCUCAUCAUCCAUCGUCAUCCGAGCAGCCAAUUUGGUGGUGGGCGUGGGCUUUCCUGUCUUCCGUUCAUUUAACGCCAUUGAGGAGGGCUCUCAGGCGGAUCGCAACCGAUGCCUUGCAUACUGGUCGGUGUACGGUUGCUUUCGGGUAGUGGAGACAAUCACAGACAGGAUCAUAUCAUGGCUACCUUUCUACCAGCACAUCAAGCUCCUCCUGCUGCUCUGGUUGCAGCUGCCCUCCACCUCCUCCUCCCGCCCUGCCACGGGUGCAGGGCGGCUGUAUGCAAGCCACCUGAGGCCCGUGCUGCUGCGUUACCGGCGGCACAUCGACGGGGCGCUCGUUAGCAUCGACCGCUGCAUGGCGUCCUGGUUCCACGCCCACCAGGAGGAGCUCUCUGCUGCAGCACGCAUGGCCCAGUCAGCAACCAGGGCAGCACUCACUGCUCUGGACUCUGCAGUUUCCACAGCUGCUGGGGCCCUCCCACCCACUGCUGCUGCCACGUCAGCGGCAGAUGCUGAUACCAGGAAUGAUGUCGCUGAUGAUGUCAGCAGAGCCAACAGGGACGGUGGUGAGCUGCAUGACGUGGCAGGUGGAGGAGAGUCGGGGGAGGAGGGGGACGGGCGGGGGGGGAGCGGAAUUGGGGGAGGGAGGAGGUGA